CAAUCUCGAGUCUUCCCUGGCCCAGCCUACGAGUGACCCGUAGAUGGCCUGGGGAAGCAGGGGCCACCCUCAGGGCGAGGACUGAGGGGGAAGGGGCCUGGCCCAGUGAACCGCAGGCACCCCUAUGCAGUCUGAGAGGGGAAAGAGGAUCCGGUGGAGUAAGUGGAGGGGAAGGGGCAGGGCGUGCUUGCGGCCGAGGGUGUGACGCCUGCAAGGGGAGGGCGUUCAUUAGCUGGCGGUGACCUGGGUGAGGGCUGGCUUCGAUGGAGAGGCCGGAUGGCGCCAGGGGAAGCUCAGGGAAGUGAGGCCGUGGCCGGGGGCAGGAGACUCAAGAAUUUAAGAACUUGCCUGUCCGAGGAGCUCGGUGGGGAGAGAAGGCAGGGGCUGGGGAAGGACGUGGUGAGCUGAUUGCACUUUGGGAAUGGCACUUUUGAAGACGGCAGAGGGUGAACCGAGCAAGGCCGAGGGAGCUUGAGAAGCAAGGGUGGGGACCUCGGCUGCCGUGCCCAGGACGGGAGGGGACAUGUUCCAAGGCCAGUGGCAGGACCGGGGGGGGGGGGAACUGCCACCUGCGGCUGCCAUUGUCUCUGUGGGCUCAGAGGCUGCUAAGAGCGAGGUGGCUUCGCUGGAGGUGGCUGAAGAGAGCUGCGAAGGGCGAGCCGGCUGCAGAGAGCGGCUACCGCCGCUCCAGGGACCACCAGCCGCUCGGAGCACGGGCCUCCGCAUCUGGGGGUGCGACAGGGCCACACCCUCGCUCCCUCCCCGUCGCCAGUCUGCCCCAGUGGGCGAUGAGACCACCCCCUGCCUCCCCAGCCCCCGUGUGGUCUCCUCCUGUGGCCCGGGCACCACGUGCUUCUCUCAGCAGCAGAGAUCUGACCGGUUCCUCCCCUAUACGCUCUUCCCUGUGCUUUCCUCUCUGCUGAAGAUCAGCCUACAAUCUCCUCCAAGGCGUUUGCGAUCAGGCACGAGCUGGCCCACGGGCUCUCCAGAGCUGGAGGGCGCUGCGCCUCCCCGCAUCUCCUUCCGAUCCUGUGGGAUUCAGCUCACCCGCCACCUGGCCCAGGAGGCUAAAGAGGGAGACUCGGGAGCCCUCGACCCCUGCACACAAGCUGCACCGCCUCCCGUGUCCAGACGGGCCGCGAGGCGUGUGGGAUCUUAGCUCCCCGACCAGGGAUCGAAGCCGCACCCCCUGCAUUGGAAGCGCGGAGUCUUAACCACUGGACCGCCAGGGAAGUCCCCGUUUUUAUGUUUUAAAUAAACUUUUUCUAACAGAAUAGCUUUAGAUGCACAAACUGCAGAGAUAGGAGUGAGAGUCCCCACACACACACAGCUUCCCGUUACUAACACUCUCCAUCUUGUGGUCCCUUUGUUAAAAUAAUCAACCAAUAGUAUACAUGAUCAGCAGCUAAAAUCCAGAGUCUUUUUUUUUUUUUUUUGCCCUGUGUCCUGGAGCUUGGAAGCUGCCAGUACUGAAGACAUGACACCAAGGGGGCCAGAGUCCUUACAUUACGUGGCCCAAGACCACACGCCUGAUCCCUGCCAACAAAAGGAGGGUUAAAGUCCAGAGUCUUAUUCAUAUGUCCUUGACUUUCCCCUCACCUCUUUUUUCUGCCCCAUGAUCCCACACUGCAUCAGCGUUGUGUCUUCUUAGGCUCCUCUGGGCCGUGACUGUCCUCGUUUUUGGUGUUGUGGCGAAGGUCCUGCAGGACCCCUCAGGGUUUUUCUGGUGUUUUCUGUCAUGAGUAGACAGGGUGAUGCUUACUGAGAGGAGGACCACGGAGGCGAAGUGCCCUUCUCAUCACAUCCCAGCAAGACUCCGUGCUUUGAACACGACUCCCACUGUCCGUGUCGACCUGGGUCACCUGGCUGAGGUCCUGUUUGUUCACCAGGUGUCUCCACUUUGAAUUUAAUCUUCCCCCUUCCCAUCCUGUCCUCUUGGGAACAAAGUCACUAGCCAUGGCCCACGCCUGAGGAGCCAUCGAGAAAAACAGGAUCCGACAAAAACUGGUUAGAGCCAGUUAGGCCCAAGAUGGUGGAAGACUCACUUCCAGUAGACCUCGAGCCUCAUUGUAAUGCAUUAACAUGCUAAAUGACACCCCACAGGUGCCACGACAGUUCCCAGGCUGACCAUAAAAGGCCAAAAAGAGGGCGAUGGCCCAGUUCCUGUUGCUCUCCACCCCUUCUCCAGAAUAGUUGGGACAACCCUCCCACUCCCAAAGAGCUCCCCACUAAGAUGCAUAUUAGAUAGCUGGGGAAAAUGUAGACAGGAUGGUUUAAGAAAAAUAAUUAAUUUUCUUUUGCAAUAUUGCAUGGCCCCGUACAAACUAGGGGACCAAGAGAUCUGGCCAGAAAAUGGGUCAUUGAAUGACAAUACCGUCUUGCAGCUGGACCUGUUCUGUAAAGGAAAGGUAGAUGGGGUGGGAGUCCCAUAUGUUCAAAUGUUCAUGACCCUAUUCUAAGAUCCAGGUCUAAAGAACUCCUGCCGGGUGUGCCUGGCUCACAUCCCUUCAAAGUGCCUUCUUCCCCCACGGGAGCCUGAUGUUUUAGGUGAUGCCCUUAUGAGACCACCUCCCCGAGGUCCACAACCAGGAACUCCUACCCGGCCCCCCCCACCAAUUCUGAGGAGGGACAGUCUUCCGGCCUGUUUACCCCUAACGCCACAUCUGGACAGCUAUGGGACCCCAAACACCCCUGAAUCAGCCCACGGAUUUGGCUUUUGGAGUAUUCAACAAUAGAGAUAAGGUUGAAGAGGUAAAAAGGAUUCAGCGAAAAGCACAGUUAUUGGCGGCAGCCCUAACCCCUGCACCACCUCAGGGUUACCCUCCCUUACAGAAGCCCAUGACGGGGACAGGAUCCAGGAAGCCUGGAUCAGGGCCACCGUCUCGCCAGGAAAGGAUCUGUUUUAAGUGUGGCCAAGACGGCCACUGGAAGGACAAAUGCUCCCUGUAUGGGAAAAGUCCACUGGGAUCCUGCCUGACAUGCAAACGAGAGGGCCACCGGAAGUGGGACCACCCCCAGUCCCGAUGGGGACUCUGAGCCCCCAAACCAAUGAUGGCCGAGAGGACCUAAGACUGUUGGGGCCCGGGACCCUCCCUGGCUCCCCAAGGACACCUGGUCCUUUCUCUGGAGGAGCUGAAAGUGAGCGGGCCCUGUGGGGCUCCCGGGCACGGAGGCACUUUUGUCCCCCGUUUCUUGUAGGCAAGAGUCCAGCCUCCGUGACCUUCCCUGGGUUCCAAAGGGCAGAGCUGAACAGUUGCUGAUCAAGGGAGAAGCGGCCAAGAAACCACCUGAGACGAGAUUAAAGGGACCCGAGAAGCUCCUCCAGAUCAGGACACACCACCUGAGGUGAGAUUAAGGGAGUGAAAGCCCUACGCACACCCCGAUCUUGUCAGGAACCCUGACUUUGAACCGUUGUUAUAAAACCCCUCCUCAAAUCCUCGUGGGCGGGGGACACAUAGCUUUUCGAGGCAGGAGCCCGCUGUGCCCCCCUUUGUCUGGCAGAGCAGUAAAGCUCUCCUUUUCUACUUCCCCCAAAACUCUGUCUCCAAGAUUUGAUUGGGCACCGGUGCACAGAGACCGAGCUUUCGGUAAAGAGCCUCUGGUAACCUUGACGCGGACGGUAGGAAGGUUAUUUUCUUACCAGCUAUGGGGGCCGCCUAGUCUGUGCUGACUGAUGGCUCAGGCCCCGCGUCCUCCCAAUCGUGUAUGAUAAGACCAAGCAAUUCAGCGUGCCCCCCCCCGCAGCUGCUUGCUAGGAAGUGGGACCUUCACACAUCAGCUCUGCUCAUGCCUGAGUGCCCCGUCCCUCAGUGCCCCGUCCCUGAGUGCCCCGUCCCUGAGUGCCCCGUCCCUGAGUGCCCCGUCCCUCAGUGCCCCGUCCCUCAGUGCCCCGUCCCCCUGCUGGGAAGGAACUUGCUCACUGAAUUCCAGACAAUAGUCCAAGCUGGAGACCCUCACGGAGAAGGCACCCGCCAAGAAAAAUGAUUGCUCUUGCCCGUGGGAGCCUGCCUCAAUCCCAAGCCAGAGGGGGUCUCCCCUCCACCCCAGGUUGUUUCUCAAGUGAACCCCGCUGCCUGGGACGCAGAGGUCCCUGGCGGAGCUGCUCUCGUCAGGCUACCUUUAGAAAUGGGACCACGUGAAGCUGUAGGCCAGCCUCGAGGGCCACGAUCAGAGAGCUUCUUAAACCCAGGGAGGAUCCUCAAAAGUGUUUAUAAAUAAAUUACCAAAAUGGGAGGCCACUGGUCUGACUAAACUAACCAUCGCCGAUAGGAAUUUGGGGUGAAGGAGGCCUUCUCCCCUAAGCUAGAUGAGGGCAAGUAAAACAUUCCAACAUAGGUGAAUGAGGUGAAUGAGUGUGUCAGUCUUUUGAUAUCACUGAGGUGGCCACUCAAUUCUUUGAGGAAAAAAAAACCUCCUUGUUUUAUAACUCUAGUCUGUACAGGAUCAGAGGUGGAGCUCCAGAAAGAAUCCACAUCCCACCAGCCUUUACCACUCCUCAAACCUCCCCUCCUUAUCUUAAGAGGCUUGUAAGUACGGAGGGAAAACAAUUUUUUUUUCUGGCCUUAAGGGAACAAAGUCAUCCUAGAAGGAACUUGCCUUUUGCUCCUCAGGCCUUUGAGAUACAAAUGCUCUACCUGUUCUUCUCCAGGAGCCCAUAGCUCUGCCAUCUCUUUAAAAUGCACAUUUUGAGCAGCAGAAACGAACACAUUCACCUAAUGAAGGACAUCUUGGUUGCUCCAGUUUUUGCCCAUUCUGAAAAAGCUGCUAUGAACAUUUUGUGCUCGUUUUUCUGUGGACAUAAAAUUUCAAAUCCUUUGAGUAAAAUACCAAGGAGCGCGGUUGCUGUAUGGUAAGAGUAUGUUUAGUUUUGUAAGAAACAGCCAAACUGGCCGCACCAUUUUGCAUUCCCUCCAGCAAUGAAUGAGAGUUCCCGUAGCUCCACAUCCUCGCCAGCAUUUGGUGGUGUCAGUGGUCCAGAUUUUGGCCAUUCUCAGAGCUGUCCAGUUUUCCCAGCACCACUUAUUGAAGAGGCUGUCUUUUCUCCAUUGUAUAUUCGUGCCUCCUUUAUCAAAGUGUUGUUUACAGAGCUAACAUGUCACAUUGUGAUACAGUCCAAUUUAUCAUUUCUUCUUUAAUGGACCAUGCUUUUCAUAUUGCAUCCCCAAACUCAUCACCAAGCCCAAGCCAGGACACCUGUUGCCCCCAUCCUUGGUGGGACCUGGACUCCCUGGGAGGGGCGCCAGAACCGAGAUGAGACUGGAUGGGACAAAUCCACUAAUUGUUGGAUGAAGGAUUGGAUUCAUUCACCAAGCACUUAUUUCCUGAGUGAUUCUCCUGGGCCAAGUUGACAGAGACACUCUCUGGGAGUGGAUGCUUUGCUGAGGAAAACAAGCCAAAGAAGACAUGCUGCUGCUCAAGAAACAGACGGAGGACAUCAGCAGCGUCUAUGAGAUCCGGGAGAAGCUCGGCUCGGGCGCUUUCUCCGAGGUGGUGCUGGCCCAGGAGCGGGGCUCCUCACACCUUGUCGCCCUCAAGUGCAUCCCCAAGAAGGCCCUUCGAGGCAAGGAGGCCCUGGUGGAGAACGAGAUCGCGGUGCUCCGCAGGGUCAGCCACCCCAACAUCGUGGCUCUGGAGGACGUCCACGAAAGCCCUUCCCACCUCUAUCUGGCCAUGGAGCUGGUGACGGGGGGCGAGCUGUUCGAUCGCAUCAUGGAGCGCGGCUCGUACACGGAGAAGGACGCCAGCCACCUGGUGGGGCAGGUCCUUGGUGCCGUCUCCUACCUGCACAGCCUGGGCAUCGUGCACCGAGACCUCAAGCCUGAAAACCUCCUCUAUGCCACGCCCUUCGAGGACUCCAAGAUCAUGGUCUCUGACUUUGGCCUCUCCAAAAUCCAGGCUGGCAACAUGCUAGGCACCGCCUGUGGGACCCCGGGCUAUGUGGCCCCGGAGCUCUUGGAGCAGAAACCCUACGGGAAGGCCGUAGAUGUGUGGGCCCUGGGUGUCAUCUCCUACAUCCUGCUGUGUGGGUACCCCCCCUUCUAUGAUGAGAGCGACCCCGAACUCUUCAGCCAGAUCCUGAGGGCCAGCUACGAGUUUGACUCUCCCUUUUGGGAUGACAUCUCAGAAUCAGCCAAAGACUUCAUCCGGCACCUUCUGGAGCGAGAUCCCCAGAAAAGGUUCACCUGCCAGCAGGCCUUACAGCAUCUUUGGAUCUCCGGGGAUACAGCCUUUGACAAGGACAUCCUGGGCUCAGUUAGUGAGCAGAUCCAGAAGAAUUUUGCCCGGACCCACUGGAAGCGAGCGUUCAAUGCUACCUCCUUCCUGCGCCACAUCCGCAAGCUGGGGCAGACCCCGGAGGGGGAGGACGCCUCGGGACGGAGGGUGAUGAGCCACGGCCACCCGGGCCUCCGCACUGGCCAGCCCCCCAAGUGGUGACACCCAGGCUGAGCGCACGGACCCCCAGACUCCCUUCCAAUGGACCCUUUCAGUCCCCCCCACCUCCCCCUCCCGCCCCAGGGCACCUCUGCGGUACAGUUUGAGCCCUGUGGGUGUGGUGCAGGGCACUGGGGUGGGCGCUGUUGUGGCACGUCCACAGAUUUCCCUCCCCUGUCGCUGCCACACCCCGUCUAGAGACCAAGAGGCCCAGGGGCUGUCCUUCCCGUGCUGUUCUGUGCUUUGCUGACCGUGGGUGGUCCUGCUUGUGUCGUGGCCCUCCAGCCUCCCUCCAGUCUUCCCCAAAUCAAUAAAGACAGACAAGAGCAAUGGGCAGUGGUGAGCUGGGGGGAGGGAUGAGGGCUGGGAAGGAAACCAAGGAGGCAGGCCACCUCGCCCGUCACCACCCGAACUUCUGCUCCCCCCAUCACAGCAGACAAGCUCCGGGUUGUCCAAGAACUUCCUGUCCCCACUCCCCGACGUGCCGGCAAGAGGCAGCCGAGCUGGCCAGCUCUGCCACCCUCGAGGUUGGCCUGCGUGUGGCUCUGGGGCCCUGGGCCGGGCUCAGGGGCGAGUGGAGCCCCGGGUGCUGUAGCCAGGAGGGCAACCAGAGUUCCGGGCUGUCUUCACCCCCCUCCCCGCCCCCCCUCCGUCUCCCUUCCUUCCCCUGCUUCCCGUGGCCGUGGCCGGACAGAGCAUUCCCAGAGCACGCCUUGCACCGAAAGGCUCUGCAGCCCGUCUCUGAGGCUGGAGGAGGGGCCCCUCGUCCAGGAGGGGGCGCUGCUGGGGCCUCAACCUCUGUGCUGGGUCGUGGCUUUGGCACCGCUGGGCUCCAGGCCCUGGGGACCCCGGGCUGGGUGGGUCGUGGCUUCCGGUGUGAAGAACGGUGGCUGGUGUUCUGGUCUGUGCAGCCCCUGCCCCUCACACCCCCAUUCUGGAUCGGGUAGGGCUCCAGAGCCCGGCCUUGCUGGGCACCAGGCCUUUACUGGCUCCGCUUGGCCUUUGUCCUGCGCCCAUGAGGGGAAGGCUCCUAGGGCCUCUCCUCGGCCCCGGUCAGGGCAGAAGCAACACCCUCACGGUUCUGGCUGAGCUGGCCACCCCUUUGUCCCACCGUCACCCCUGCCCACUGGUCCCUUCCAGCCUUCAUCGCAGAGCCUGCUGGAGAAGACACCUCUCCACGUCGACCUUUGGGAUCUGAAGGGAGAUGGCGAGGCCCAGAGCAGGGCUGGCCUGGGUCUCGGGGGUGGGGCUGGAGCAGGGGCCGGGCUUCCGCUGAGGAGGGUAGCCACGCACAAGUCCCUCUCCGGAGUUCUCCUCCCAGCAUCCUCCCACCCCCUUCCGUGCACAGCCGCGCAGGCCCCUGAGCCCGGGGCAAGUCCCGAGGGGUAGGCAGCUUCCCCCUCUGUCCCCACGGCCAAUUCUAGGCCAUCCUUUGCUCUAGGCUUUGGUGUCACACAAUGUGGUCCCACCACGCCAGCUCCCCUUUCUCUGUCCAUAGCCCGGGGGACCUCAGGCUGCCAUAACCUUGGCCCGGUCUCUACAGCUUGGCCUCUUCACCUCC